GACAUUGUUCUUUUUUUUUUUUUUAUGACCUUACUGCUUCUUCAAGUAUCUAGGCGAGUGACAUGUUAUUCUAGAUAUACUCGUCGUAUUGGCAAUAUCUCCUUUUUACAAAACUGCCAACGACCUUAUUCGAAAAGCACGACAGAAAAAAUAAAAGCAGCCGAUCCAACGAAAACUAUCGAUUUACCAUCCUUUCCAGCUGAAAAUAUACGUAACUUUAGUAUUAUUGCUCAUAUUGAUCAUGGCAAAAGCACUCUGGCUGAUAGAUUACUCGAACAUACCAAUACCAUAUCUUUACGAGGAUCCAACAAACAAGUUCUCGAUAAACUCAAAGUCGAACGCGAACGAGGGAUUACCGUCAAAGCACAGACUGUGUCCAUGUUUUAUAACUAUAAAGGAAAAGAUUACUUACUCAAUCUCAUCGAUACUCCUGGUCAUGUGGAUUUUAGCUACGAAGUAUCACGAUCAUUAGCAGCAUGUCAAGGUUGCUUAUUAUUAGUCGACGCAGCCCAAGGCAUUCAAGCACAAACUGUGGCCAAUUUUUAUUUGGCUUUUGGUGAAGGAUUACAUAUCAUACCUGUUUUGAAUAAGAUCGAUCUUCCUGGUGCUGAACCUGAACGUACCAUAAAACAACUCGAAAGUGCAUUUGAAUUAGAUACAUCAUCUGUUCUUCAGAUCUCUGCGAAAUCUGGUAUCAACAUUGACUCCAUCUUACCAAGCGUUAUCGAAAACAUUCCAUGUCCUUCUGGGUCCAUUCAAAAACCAUUCCGUGCACUGUUAUUUGAUUCUUGGUAUGAUAAAUAUGUGGGUGUUGUCUGUAUGCUUGGUGUUGUCGAUGGUGUAUUACGAAAAGGUGACAAGGUAUUAUCAGCAUAUUCAGAUACCAAAUAUGAAAUUACCGAAGUUGGUAUCAUGUAUCCGGAACAAGUCCCAACCGGUUAUCUGCACGCUGGUCAAGUAGGUUAUGUGGUGUGUGGGAUGAAAAGUGCUUCUGAAGCUCAUAUUGGUGAUACUUUCCAUCAUAUCAAUGAAAAAGUCGAACUUUUACCUGGUUUUCAACCUGCACAAUCCAUGGUAUUUGCAGGUAUCUUUCCAGUAGAUACAAACGAUUUUAGAAAAUUAGAUGAUAAUAUCAAGAAGUUAACGUUGAAUGAUGCAAGUGUUAGCGUACACAAGGAAACAAGUAAUGCUUUGGGACAGGGAUGGCGGCUUGGAUUUUUGGGAACUUUGCAUAUGGAUGUUUUCCGACAGCGAUUAGAGAACGAAUAUGACGCUAAUAUCAUUGUGACUCAACCAACGGUACCUUACAAAGUGGUAUUCAAGGACAAAACUACGCGUAUUAUUAGAAAUCCUUCUGACUUUCCCGAUUCGGAAGAAAAGGCGUUCAAGGUGUUACGAUUGGAAGAACCCAUGGUCUUAGCAACAAUGAUUUUUCCGGAAGAAUAUAUGGGCAAGAUGAUUGAACUUUGUGGUAGUCGUCGAGGGGAACAACGGGAUUAUGUUUAUGUUGAUGAUAAACGGGUGAUGAUGAAAUAUGUAUUGCCAUUAGCCGAAGUAGUGCAAGAUUUCUAUGAUGAAUUGAAAAGCCGCUCAUCUGGGUAUGCGACUUUUGAUUAUGAAGAACAUGGUUAUGAAGAAAGUGAUUUAGUCAAGAUGUCGGUGUUACUGAACUCAAAACCAGUGGAUGCUUUAUCUGUGAUUUUACAUCGAUCUCAAGUGGAACAAGUUGGUCGAGAUUGGGUUAAACGAUUGAAAAAUGUCAUUCAACGACAACUCUUUGAUGUGGUUAUUCAAACAGCUUUGGGAUCUAAGAUUGUGGCAAGAGAAACGAUAUCUGCACUCCGCAAGAAUGUUACUGCGAAAUGUUAUGGUGGUGAUGUUUCAAGAAAAAUGAAAUUAUUACAAAAGCAAAAAGAAGGCAAGAAAAGGAUGAAAUCAAUAGGCAACGUGGAAGUCCCGCAGUCUGCUUUCUACCAACUGAUGGACAAGAAAUCAUAGAAACCUUUUUUUUUCUUGGAACCUGUUUUGUAUCAUAAUGUAUCAUAUAUAGAUAUUCCAUUAAACAAUAAACUACUGUA